CGCUAGGCAGACGACUCCUCCCACUCCAAACAGUGGAGGGGAUGCAGAGGCAUUGGGCGAAAGCGCGCGUCGUGAUGUUGCAGUAGUAGCAGCAGGACGGUGUUUGUUGUGAUCGCCGGCGUGUGGAGUUGAUACCUUUCCGCGGUGCCAUGUCCGCUUUGCCCGUGUGUGCCUGACGUGUGGUUACCCGCAUGACAAUGGAAUGCACCGUGCGAAGCAUGGCCGAUGCCCAACCCAGCGAAGAGCAAGCUGUUGUUCCGGAGGGACGCGUCGAAAAAGCUCCUUCGUGCAUACGAGGAGUCACCGCGCGCGCGCGCUAAUAAAGAGAAGACGAGCGAUGUACCGAAGCAUUGAAUUCUCAACGGCCGCCUGCCAGGCAAAAGUGUGCAAGGAAUGGCUGGUGCGAGAGGAUGGCGUCCUGGCUUACCGGCUGCAGUCGCAAGAGAUCAAUCAGCGGUACAACCUGAACCGGACAAACAACCAGCUUCUGCGUGCCGAUCUCCCCGUGGCAAAGACAGUGCAACGCACUGAGGAGGAAGAGGCUGACUUCAUCCGCCGCACCUACGAGGAGAUGCUAAAGCAGCAGGAAGAGCAUGAUGCCAAGGUUGCCCUGGAGUUACAACAGCAACUGCAGAGGGAAGCAGCCUUGCAUGCAGCUGCACAGGAGGAAGACCAGAGACUUGCUGUGGAGUUGCAGAGGAGAGAGCUGCCCAAGAAGCUGGACAGGAUAGAACGGAGACGCAGAGAUGAUGCACUACCUUCAGUGCUGAAGAGGCUUUCGAUUGGCGAGGACACUUCUGGUGCCUUCUUUGAUGACAGUGAAAGCAGGGAUGAGGACUUCUCGGACUUCUGUCUGCAGCCACCCCCUGGACUCAGUGGGGAGGACCUCAGGAAGUUCCAAGAAGAACAGGAUGCGGAGCUAGCAAGGCUUCUUCAGGAACAGGAAACGAAGAGACGGGGUGCAAGUGCCAAUGAUCGCCAGAUCGCCAUGGAGGCCCAAGACAGGGAGCUGGCCAAGAUGCUGCAGGACCAGGAGAAGGCACGACUGCGCAGGGCACGGGAAAGGGCUCGGCAGAAGGCUCUGCUUCAGCAGCAGCAGCAAACGAAUCCUAUUGAAGAACCAAACUCCAGUGGCCAACAUGUACCUCUAGGCGAUUUGAGUGGAGAGCCCCUUGAAAAUUCAUCGGCGGCCAAGGCUGAUGGAGAGCCAGUGGGUGCUGCAGCCUUCCUGGUUGGUCCAAGUGGGGUGAAGAACAUUGCCACUGAAAUCGACCCCACUUUCAGCCGUCGAAAGCCAUCGCUGGAACGUCGUGGCAGCGGACGGCGGAGCAGCUCACGCUCUCCUCACAACACCCUGGACCCUCUUGAGGGUGCAGCUGACAGCACUACACCUCCUGGCACAAUCUCGGGAAGCUCAAGCACCAUAGGUGGAUCAACGUCCAGCCCGGCAUUGGCUAACGCCUGCUACGUUGACCUGGACGAUGGCGAAGGUGCUGUGCCUCCGUACAUGCCAAUCCAGGGCCAGCGGAGGUCAAGCUCAUUCGAGAAGGGCAAGAAGGGGAAGAAAGCAAAGGACGCAUGCAAGACGCAGUAGUUGCUCAACAAGCUCCCCGCAGCAGAAUAGUUGACUUGAAAAGAAGGGGCCCGUCCUGCGAUUCCUGCCAGGUCUGCUGUCCAAAAGCAGGCACUGAUGAUCGUGUCAUCUUGUUUGGGAAUGCCGACUUCUGUAUUGUGCGAGCGCGCUUUUGUAAAAUUGGUACUGUCAGGCUUGUCAAUUGACAUGCUCAAGUUAUCUUUGCACUUGAGCCAAACCGAAACCUUAGGUAGUCGCCACAGAGGCAGGGAAACUGCUGCCAUUGUGCAGCUUUUGACAGUGGCUAAGAAAUUGAACCACGCAGGUAACUCUUAUUGCCUCAUUUCUUUGCCUGCAACCUCUGCUACUAUAUUUAAUUUAAGAUUCUGCAUCCAGAUUGUAGACAUGUCAUAGUGCAAGGAGUUUGAAAAAUCCCCUCAGUGCCUUUUGUUGUUGUUUUAUCAUUAUUAUCAUUAUUUUAAAACAGGUGUGCUUUUUGAUAAAGAACAAAAGCUAUGCUGUGAUAGAAGUUUAGCUAUCUUCAAAUUUUUUGUCUUUCGUAUUGGACUUUUUUCUCUCUUUUUCUUUUUAAUCCUAAGUUCUAGCAAGCAAAAAGCAAGUAACACUGGGGUCACUGACAUAAUGCAAGACAAUAACAAACUCAAGCAUUUUUUCAAUCUCAGUACAAGCACUGCAAUGAAAGUCUUCAUGAUAGCUGCACAACUCCUUAAUUUCAUCAGUAGUAUUAUAUGCAUAUCUUCUCAAUCCAUCAUAUCCAAAUAGAGGCAAUAUCAUGGCAUGUUUGACAAAACUCAGAGGCAGUUUGUUACUGUUGUGUCUGGAGAGGGAGUAAGCAGUUCAGAAGGUCUGAACAGAGCUGGUUGCACAAUGCUCCUUCAGUGUCUUUUGAUGGCUUUUUUGACGAGCACUUCUUGAGGCGUGGCAAGAUAAAGAUGCCACUCAUCAAUCCAGGGGUAACUCAAGCAGGUGCAUACUCGUUUAGCAUCCAUGUUAUUAAAGUGAGCUUGUUAAGUACAGUUUGCUGCUAGUCCCACAGUUACAAAAGAAGAAACAGAACUACAGAUAUAUACAUAUAUAUAUAUAUAGAUAUAUACAUGCCUUUAGCAACUGUUAUAUAGUCCCAGCAUGUAGAGAAUUGGCGCUCUUGGACAGAGUGGCAGGAGUACUGCUGUCCUAAGGCGCAAAGCAAAAUGCACUGAUCCAUCAAGAGGAAAGUUGUAUUACACUCUAUAAAAGUUAUAGUACUUUACGACAGCAUCAAGUAGUUUCUUUAAACCUCAACAAGACGUACAGGUGGGAAAACAAAAAAAAAGGCGCCUUGGUCAGUGGUGGCAUGUUUUUACAAUGAGCAUGUACACUUUAUAAAGAGUGUUGCCUUUUGAAUGUGUCGUGCAACAGUGAUGGUCGCAUUUAUUGAGUGCACUUCCUUUGUGACCCAUGACUGGUGCUUCCCUGCUGGCAACAAUUACAUGUAUACAGUACAGACGACACAACUGCAGCCUGCAUUGCAUGACACAAAACGGAAGUGCGCUUGAAGAUGGAAAUUAUUGUUGCAGUGUAAACACAUACCUUAGUGCUAGUGGAUUACUCCCAACAAGCUUGUGGUACAUUUGACUGGUCGCUUUCAAGUGCUCCCGCUAUGCAGUUUACAUUUGACUGGUUGAAAUAAAGUGCUCGGAACACAUUCGCAAGGUUCAUUCAGAGCGCCGCGCUCCACCUCGGAGCACUCGCGAGGCGCUCGCAUGUUUUAACGACCGAGAUCUGACAGAAUUCUCAUCAUGUGGCUCCUCUAACUGCUCUGGGAGCAGCUGAAUGUUCGGCAUGGACGUCUUUCUCUGGAUACAAUGUCAACAGGCCUCUGCAUUGCUGCAAAUCUCAUCGGAGUGCGGUAGGAACCAGUCAAAUGUACCAUUGGCAAUCUGGAAGCUGGCCAGGGCAGGUUGUGUAGUGCCACAUAGGCUUAAGACCAAAGGAAAAUGGCAGCCUGCCACUCCAGUAGCACUGAUCUCAGUUGCUAGAUAGCGCACUUUAUGUACUUCUGCACAGGAUAACACUCAAUGCCAUUACUGUCAUACUGAGGAAGCUCCUAGGGUUUUCAGCCAUUUUUGCUGCAUCUUGCACCCAUGUUGAGUGCAACUUUUCUUGGUAUCAGUAUUUUGGACACUUUAAUACCUCUUUCCUGAAAACCUUCCAGCUGUCCUCGGAAUACUUUAUUGUAAUACUAAUAAUAUAGUUAGUGUACCACAGUGUCCGCAUAAACUGUGUUGAAUCAUGUGCACGAGAUAAAGAAUCUAGGACAAUCAGACUGCAAUAAGUCCAUUCUUCUGGAGCGGCACAUUCUUUUAACGAAACAUACCUAAUACUUGCAGUGUAUGUAGAUACCAUGACCACUAGAGGGCCAAUCACAUGUGGAAAUUCACUGUAAGGAAAAUGCAGCCUUUCAGAAGUUUUAGUGGCGUUAAUGAUAUUGACAGAAAUUUCCUCAUUAAAUUUAAAGACAGGAAUUUUGGGCUUUGGUACAAUGUAAUUGCAUCUGUUUACAUC